AAAACCAUUCAAUGAUUUGGUUCAACAGUCCAGCCAGAAAUCAACUGUUGAUGAAAUAUCAGUUUCAGAUAAGACAAUGCUUAUGACUGCACCUAGUAAAGAUGGAGUUAAGCCAAAAAAAAAUACAGUUACUGAUAAUUUAGAAAAUAAACAGCCUUCAAAUAUACCUGAGAUUAACGAAUUAUGCAACAAAACUUUCAACUCUGCAGCUGACUGUGCAAAAUCAAUAGUGCGAUCAAUAUGGACUCAAGAAGAAUUAAAGGAUCGAGUUGUACGUCAGACUCGAGGUAUUUCAAAAAAGGUUUUAACUCCAGAAAAAGUGGUGAAAGGAAAAGAAAUGUUUGCAAGCUGGCUAAAAAAAGUCGGUUACAUGAAAGAUGCCCGGAACAUAGAGUUAAAGCAAUUUAAUACCCAUAUAGGACGGGUUAUUGAUGGUGCCAAAAAAGUGGAUGCUAAUAAACUAAAAAGAAAAUUAGAAAUUGACACAAAUGGUACACCACCGGAAAAAACGCCAUCCAAGGAUCUUUGUGAAAAAUCUAACAAUGAAUAAGAUAAAUUCGAAGGAGUUGUACUUGUAAAAGCUACGAGGUACCUUUUUUUAGUUCCUUUUUUAUUUUUGAUAUGAAAUAGUAAAUGAUAAAUAAAAUUUAUAAAAUUCUGUGAGUUAUUUUUUUUCCUUUAUUCUUUUCGAAGUCUAUUCUGAAGAAACCGCGGAAAAAUUAUCUCCGCGUGUCUUUUACAGAGAAAUAUUUCCGAACGUCUCUUCACCCGAGUCGAUUCGGAGAAAUUUCGGAAAAAAUUUCUCCGCGUGAAUGACACGCGGAGGAAUAUUUCCGAAUGUCUCUUCACGCGAGUCGAUUCGGAGAAAUUUCGGAAAAAAUUUCUCCGCGUAAAUGAUACGCGGAGAAAUAUUUCCGAACGUUUUUCCACCCAAGUCGAUUCGGAGAAAAUUCGGAAAAAAUUUCUCCGCGUAAAUGACACGCGGAGAUACUUUCUCCGCGGUGAAAUUAUUUCUUUAUCACGUUUCUGCGCGUGUGUUUUUUUCGUGAAGAAAUAUUUCCGAACGCUUCUUCACCUAAGUCGAUUCGGAGAAAGUGCGGAAAAAGUUCGGAGUAAUUUUUCCGCGUCGAAAAAGAGUUCUCCACUUAUUUCUCCGCAUGGGUCAAUUUGGGAGAAAUUCGGAGUAAUCGCGGAGAAAUUCGGAGUAAAUGCGGAAAAAUUCGGAGUAAUCGCGGAGAAAUUCAGGAGAAAUCGCGGAGAAAUAUUUUCACCA